ACUACCUCAAGAAGUAGAUGAUGCACUGGACUACUUUUUCCAGCUUUGCAUCCAUGGAACCUCCUGAAAUUUCACCAAAUGCUUCCUUCUACGUGAGUCCAGAGGGGGAGCCCCCUCUCUCACGCACUGGCUUCAUCAUACUCUCCAUCAUCAUGGCUGUUUUCACCGUUCCAGCCAUCAUACUCAACGCUACAGUGAUCAUUGUGUCCCUCAUGCACAAGCAGCUGAGGCAGCCGCUCAACUACGCUCUGGUGAACAUGGCCGUGGCCGAUCUGGGCACAGCCAUGACCGGAGGAGUGCUGUCCGUGGUCAAUAAUGCCCAGGGGUACUUUUCUCUGGGCAGAACAGGCUGUGUGAUGGAGGGCUUUGCCGUGUCGUUGUGCGGCAUCACAUCUUUGUGCACAGUUGCUCUGAUUGCAGUGGAGCGGAUGUUUGUGGUGUGCAAGCCUCUGGGACAAAUAAGUUUCCAAAAGAAACAUGCAGUGGGAGGUAUUGCUUUGUCAUGGCUUUGGUCUCUUGCCUGGAACCUACCCCCUCUCUUUGGAUGGGGCAGAUAUGAGCUGGAAGGUGUUGGGACAUCUUGUGCCCCAGACUGGCACAACACAGAGCCCCAUAACGUCUCCUACAUCGUGGCUUAUUUUGCUGUGUGCUUCGCUCUUCCCUUUGCUUUGAUCCUGGCCUCCUACACAAAACUGAUGUGGACACUACACAAGGUAUCAAAGAUGGCCUCUGUGCAAGGCGGAGCUGUCGCUAAAGGGGAGAUGAAGGUGGCAUCCAUGGUGAUUCUGAUGGUCCUGACAUUCCUGAUCAGCUGGCUGCCUUACGCUGGCCUGGCCAUGCUCGUGGUUUCUAACCCUGAUGUGAAGAUCCAUCCACUGGUGGGCACGGUGCCCGUUUACCUGGCCAAAAGCAGCACCGUGUACAAUCCCAUCAUCUACAUCUACCUCAACAAACAGUUCCGUAAAUAUGCUGUGCCCUUCCUUCUUUGUGGGAAAGAGCCGUGGGAUGAGGACGAUGCAUCAGAGACAGCCACUACUGUGGAGAUUACAAACAAAGUCUCUCCAAGCUGAAAUGUGGCAAAGUCUGAUUAAGCCCAACUUAACUUAAACAACUAUGAAACAUCAU